ACCUUAACAUAGUACCACUAGGUGCCGCUUCGAGCAAGGUCGACAGACUGACCCCGCAGUUACCAACGAGCGAAUGUGCACCGAACCGGAGAGGCGGAGAACGCCAAGGCGAGCCUCGGCAUUGUUUUGGUUCUUCAAAAUGAGCGCCACGGGACCAAGAAUCGAGGAGGACUCGUUCGGCACCUUCUUCGACGAGGAGCUGAAGACGUCUGUGCCCGUCCGCAGGUUCACACUCACCAACAGUCGCAAUGUCUGCGUGCAAAUCAUCAAUUACGGUGCCACGAUCACCAAUAUCAUCGUGCCAGAUAAAAACGGCAUCUUUGCUGACAUUAAUCUCGGGUUCGAUAACAUGGAAGGUUACACCAAAAAUUGGGUUAAUCCGUACUUUGGCGCCGUUGUUGGCCGCGUGGCUAAUCGAAUAGGCAAAGCGCAGUUCAGUAUUAAGGGACAAACUUUUCAUGUGUCAAAAAAUAUUGGAGAAAAUCAUCUGCAUGGAGGUUUCAAAGGCUUUGAUAAAAAAAUUUGGGACGCGAACGUGGAAGGCGUGAAAGUGACCUUCUCAUAUGUGAGCAAAGACGGGGAAGAGGGUUACCCUGGAAGUGUGCUGGUUGCUGCCACUUAUUCUCUCAGUGAGGCCUCUGAGCUGCUUCUUGAAAUGACUGCAACUACCACUAAACCCACCCCUGUUAAUCUCACCAACCACGCUUACUUUAAUCUUGCAGGGCAUGAAAAAGGACAGGAGGGAUUGAAUGAGCACAAGGUGCAAAUAAAUGCCAGUUUUUACACACCAACAGUUGACUCCAUCCCAACAGGUGAAAUCAAGCCUGUAGCGGGCACAACCUACAAUUUAACAGUGCCAAAACUACUGAAAGAGGUUUUGCCUUGGACACCGGAUGAUGGUUUUGACCUUAAUUACUGCGUGAAUACGUCCAAACCACCAACCAUCGUUUUAGUUGCCAAAGUCACUCAUCCACCGAGCGGGCGUCUUUUGGAAGUUUACUCGGACCAGCCAGGAGUGCAGUUUUACUCAAGCAACAAUUUGCCCAGCGAGAAUAUCCUGCAGGGAAAGGGAGGCUGUUUUUACACCAAGCACGGCGCUUUUUGCCUCGAAACGCAGAAUUAUCCUGAUGCGGUCAACCACGUAAACUUCCCAAAAGCUGUGCUCCUGCCUGGAGAGACGUACAGACACAACGUUAAGUAUUACUUUGGGAUUCAAACUGAAGAACAAGGAUCUUGCACUAUUGCGUAAAAAAAUAAAAAUAUAAAAAAAACUUUGAAUAGUAACAACAGAAAAAAAUAAUUCUGUUGAAAUUUAACAGUGAAAUUUAUUUAAUAUUUUAAUGUUUAAUAAAUUUAUAAUUAAUUAAGGUGGUUCCAAAGCCUAAUAGCCUGAAUUGUUAACCAGUGAAUAAAUGACGCUAGUUAAAUUGUAAUUGUUAACUUUUUGUUAUAAAAUUAAAUAAAAUAAAGCUCUAUUGCUUGAA